UUGCUACAAGACAACAAAGGAAGAGGAUAGAAUUCAAUGGAGUUGAAUCAUUUUGUAAUAGACAAGUGUUAUGAUGUUAUCUGUUGAAGCUUAAACUUAUUUACUAUAUUCUAAGCCUAUACUUAUUGUAGGAGAUUGUUCAGCCACUUGCUUUAGCAUUGAGUGAUGUUAACGAUCUGAACUACUCUACGAGGCCUGAAAAAAUGACAAUUACUUGUGAUAUUAAGAGCAGCCUGCACUGCACAUCGACAAGCGCCAUACAAGGGUUGUCCCUGUAUUUCAAACCAGACGUUGGCGAUGAAAGACGAGUGUUCAUGUGUGCCUCAUUAAGCGACAAUGAAUGCAAUAACUACAAUGGAGUCACAUGCCGACUGUUAAGUCCAACACAUGUAGAAAUAAUAUUGUCUGAACAUCAACAUGAAAAUGGUACUUAUAGAUGUGUGAUGCGAGGAAUGCAAUUAUCAGAGACACAGCGCUGCAGAUGGACACCAGGAGCUGAAAGUCAUGAUGGCACUUCAACGGUUAAUACAUACAUCAGCAGGAUCACAGAAUUGAGUUAUGAUGAGGCUACUACAUUUAUUCCUGAACCAGAAAAUAAAGAUUAUUCAACGGAACAAAUUACUGGUGCUGUGCUUGGAAGUCUUCUAUUCAUCAUUUUCAUCAUGGUAGUGGGCUAUGUGAUAUGGAGAUUCCUCAAGUCAAAGAGAAGUUCUGAAGUUCCUGAAACGUGCAGCAUUGGAGGUUCUAUUUCACGCAGGGAUGCGCAGAACUCAGGACUAUGUAAGUGGUCCAUCCUCACUCACAAUAGUUCAAACUCACAAACUAACGUUGGAGAAGAUGCCAAACAGACUCCACUACUUUCGAGUAAUAUGCCAAACAGGGAGGAAGGAGUUUCAAAUACCGAAGAUAACAAAAACGAGUCAACAUCAGUCAAGAUAAAUAUUCAGGACUUGAUGAGAAAAUGCAGCUUGAAGAUUAAACAGUGACACAGCUACUGAUGAAAUAAAAAUCUCAACUUGCAGUGAAAUAUGAAAGAUUGGAAGGCAGCUGAUACACCAUUUAUAUUCAAAUCAUUUGUGCACAAAAACUGAUGAAGAAUCGUUCAAAAAAGAAGCAGUCUGUGUGUUGGUGUCUUCCACCCUCUCAUUUACAUUUGUCAGAUUGAAAGUUUGAGAAUUGAACCCAGAUGCUUCGAAUACUGAACAUAUAAAACUUCUCAAUGCUGACAUUUGCAGGGAAAUACUGUUUCAGCUGACUAUAUCACUGGUUACGACUGUUAUAAAAAGGAAUUCAGUCUCCAUUGGCUAGUCAGCCAGUUAAUGAGUGAGUGAUGGAAGCUGGAAGGAAGUGUUAGAUACGAUGAGGUACGACGUGUAAAGUUUAUCUGUUUUUGGACUAUUUUCAUUCAUACGUGAAUGUUAAAAUGUUUUGCUUGAGGCUACUCCUAAUGUAUGUACAAAAUAUGUUUCUGCAAUA